GGGUGUGAGUGACAACUAACGACGACUCGUCGGCGCUCAGAAGCUCCAAAGUACCAUUGGCAUUAAAAUCGCUCAGAAGCCUUCAUUACGCUCACGCCUCUCGCUGAGAAAACCUCCCUUGCACUGUACGGGACUCGACUGGACGCCUAGCAGAAGCUUGGAAACGUGCUUGUGCAGCGACUAGAAGCAGAGCUCCUCGUGUUGUAUCCGAUGGAUCGCAGAUUAGUCUUGGCCGUGCUAUUGCUAGCAUUAUCUUCCAGCGUACAUGCAUGGAACUACGUCAAGAGCGGGGCAGACUGGACGGGAACGUGUCAAACAUCGCGCGCGCAAUCGCCCAUCAACAUCGAGCCGUCGACGGCGGUGAAGGGCAAGGACCUCCGCUUCCUCAACAUCAGCUACGCGCUCAGCAAGUCGCUCACCGUCUCUAACUUCGGAUUCACCGGAGGCGUGCAGCCACAAGCAGGCACGGAGAAUUUCAUGUACACAUCGACGGGCAAGUUCCGUCUGCUCGGCAUUCUCCUGCACGCCACGUCGGAGCACACCAUUCUCGGCGCGCCCGCGCCGCUCGAGGCGCACUUCGUGCACGAAAACGUCGCGAACCCCGCCAAGGGCGCCAUCAUUUCUGUCAUGAUCGUCAUUCAAAAGAACAACGUCCGCAACGCGUGGCUCGAUAAAUGGCUGCCGUACGUCCCUAAGACCGUCAACACGUCCGUGUCCGUGCCGGCGACGACCAACUUCAAGGAGGCGCUGAACGUGAAGUACGGCUUCUGGUACUACCGCGGGUCCACCACGUACCCGCCCUGCGCGCCCAACAUCGAGUGGUUCAUCCUCAAGCGCGGCCUCUACGCCUCCGUCGAACAGAUCGAGGGCUACAUGAACCAGCUCGCCGCGUCCAGCGGUCAGCGCACCAACAACCGUCUGCCCAGGCCACUCAACGGUCGUAGGGUCAUCUCGUAUGCCAAGCAGGGCAGAAAGAAACGGGUGUAGGGUGCUCUGAACUUCGCGUUUAGAAAAGAUUCCCGAAUCGCAGUUAGUCACCCUGUUUCCAAGUGGAAUAAAAAGGUUAAUUAUCUAGGCAAAUCUAUUCAGGUCUCCUAUUUUAUAGCUGUAUGAAUUGCACUAAUCUAGUAGUAAGGAUGUAUGACUAUGAAGUGUACCUAAUGCUAGCAUCUAAUGAGCCUCGAGCUUAGGCCCUGCAUGGCAAUGCAAUGUGCUUGGAGCCGUCUGGUAAGGGCGUGCUAGCGCGUUCGUAUACUAUUCACUUUGCAUAUC